GUUGUCGCCAAUUUUUAACGCACGCGUCCAUUGACAUCGAUAUCUGGUAUUCAUCACCUGCUAAUUCUUCUACGUGCUGAUAAGUUAGCAUUGGAAGUUGGGUUUGUCGUCAUUUUUGCAAAUUGUUUCCUGGUGCAGGAAAAUGGGGAAAGAUUCGACGGCUAACAAGGGGAAGACCAAGGACGCCGGCAAGGGUAAGGCUGCAGCGAGUGAAGAGAAGGGAGGCAAGGGGAAGGGGAAGGCCGGCAAAGAUGAGCUUGGGACUUGCACCUACGUGAAAGCUAGACACAUUUUAUGUGAAAAGCAGGGCAAGAUUAAUGAAGCGUACAAGAAGCUCAAGGAGGGAUGGCUCGAUAGUGGAGAUAAAGUUCCACCAGCUGAGUUCGCGAAGCUAGCGGCAGAAUACUCAGAAUGUCCAUCAGGCAAGAAAGGAGGAGACCUCGGGUGGUUUCCUCGUGGCAAGAUGGCUGGACCUUUCCAGGAGGUGGCCUUCAAUACCCCUCCUGGUGUAUUAAGUGCCCCUUUUAAGUCUACGCACGGGUAUCACAUCAUCUUGGCCGAGGGAAGGAAAAACUAAAUUCAAACAAACGGAAUUUACCGCAGUCGGUUUUCAUAGAUCCGAGAAUUGGAGUUUUCAGAGUCUCAAUUAUCUGCGUGUGCUACGAAUGAUGUAGCCGCUGGAAAUAUAUGUCUGGUCUUUUAUUCUGUUAGUUGUGUGUUAUGACGAGUAAAUCAAGUACUGAGAGCUCCAAUACCCCAGUGAUAAACUGUGUGCAACAACAGAAAUAUUCUUCAGUCUGGCCUGAUGGGAGUUACGUUGAUAGAUUUGUGCGUAUUUCAAUCGUGGCAUUUUGUAUACCGUGCUUUCCCCACUAAUAGAGGAACUGAAACACAUGGGAGUAUCAGAGAUUUACCAGCAUGCUGGUUGCUUCGUUAUCUACUCUGAGCCAGCAAGUACCCGAACAUUUUUCUAUAAGACAUAUUGAAGGAUACUAUUAACUUGUAAUGUAUUUCGUCUUCGACAAGCUGUAGCAUGAGAGGAAUGUGGGGAUUGACUGUGCUUCUCUGGCUUCAAGUUUAUAAGAGAUUAUCAAUAAGACUUCACGAUGUUGUACA